AGAGAGAGAGAGACGUAAAGAACACGCCAUUUGAGUGCGUAGAAGAGAGACGAAGAGAGCCAAGACUCUGCAAAAUGGCAAGUUAGGGCUCCGAAUCAUCUUCUGCAACUCUCUGUCGCUCUCUUUCUCGUCCCACCAAAACCCUAGAAAAAGAAAAUUCGCCUUUUUUUUUAUUUGAUAGCUUCUUCUCGAAAACCCCCGACAUGUUCCCAAAAGCCACUCAAUCCUCGCACCAACAAAACCAACCCAACAAAAUUCUCAAUUUUUGUAAACCUCCAAUGAUGAUCUUGGCCUAAAAGCUGAGACACCCCCACCAAAAAAGUUUCCAUUUUUUUUUUUGUCUCCUCUUUUGUCAGCUGAAGGAGCUUCCACCGCAGGGAGGGGGAGGAGCAUCCGCGAUAAUGCUGGAGUACGAGUGGGGUCUAGGCGCGAACCCAUCUCAGAUUCUGAUCUCCUCCGACGACCCGACACAUGACCCGACCCAGACCCACCACCACCACCACCAUCACCCCAUCAUGCUUGACCACUACCCGAUCUCACCUCACCAGUCCUUCCCCAACACCAGCGCCGCCGCUCCUCACGUUCUCUCCAACCCCGCCGCCUUCUCAUCCUUCGCUCCUCCCCAUCCCCAGCAACCCCCCAUCGCCACCACCCACAACCACAAUGCCCACCCCCUCUUCGACCCCCGCGGAUUUGGCGCGUCGUACCCGCCUCCCGCCAGCCCCUUCGCCGUCGACUGCUUUGGAGGCGGAGGAAACGGUGGAGGGUUCCUGAUGGUGCCGAAGAGCGAGGACACCGCGGGGGCCCGGCCGUCGCCCGCGGCAGAGUUUGCGGCCGCGAGGAUAGGGCUGAAUUUGGGGGGGCGGACGUACUUCGCGUCCUCGGUGGCGGUGGAGGACGACUUCGUGAGCCGGCUCUACCGGCGCUCGUCGGCCGGGAGUGCGGCCGGGGAGGGAGGCGGGUCGGCGGGUAACGCGCCCCGCUGCCAGGCCGAGGGGUGUAACGCCGACCUGACCCACGCCAAGCACUACCACCGGAGGCACAAGGUGUGCGAGUUCCACUCCAAGGCCGCCGCCGUCAUCGCCGGCGGCUUGACCCAGCGAUUCUGCCAACAGUGCAGCAGGUUUCAUCUCCUCGGGGAGUUCGACAACGGGAAGCGCAGCUGCCGGAAACGGCUGGCCGACCAUAACCGCCGCCGGCGGAAAUCUCAUCAGCAGCCGAACCGCGAGAACCCGACCAAGGCGCAGCAAGAGAGCGGCCGGAGCUCUCCCUACGAUAACCCAGCAAGAUCGCCGCCAGACUCGGGAACGCAGUCGGCUUCGUCGGUCACCGUGGCGAUGUCCCCACCGAGGAUGUCGCUGGACUGUUUCCGGCAGAACCAUCGGGGGUACCAGCCUUCGUCGUCUUCGUCGGCGUCGUCGCCCUCGUGUUCUCUCUUCUUCUCCAGCGGAUGACAGAAGUGAUUUUAGGGCUCUCUCGGACCCUCUGAUGACGGCUCCCUCUUUGUUGGCACUUAUAUGUUAGUACGCAUAUUCUUCAAGCUCUCUGUGUCUUCCACGUUCAUGGUGGAAAGUUCAUGUGCAGCCCAAGAUGGGCAUCGUUGUAGACUUCAAGUGAAGCAUCUAAAUUAUUGUUUCU